AUGGUUCGGCCAAGUCGGGUUGACCUGGAGUUGGAGAUUGGGGGUUUCACUGGGGGUGCGAACUGGCGGUUGGGGGUGUGAAACGGAAUGGGGGGCUGUUCUGGAUGAGCCCCAAAAUCUCUUUUCAACCUUCAGUAAUGCUUUAUUCAUAAACCUUACAAGCUUUUUUGCCUUUCUUUUUGCCUAUAUUACAAUAAUUAUCUUAGACAUAAUAAAGCUAACUUUGAAAAAAUAUUUUUAAAAUCUGUUUGUAUUUAUCUUUAAACUUGGCUAAACUAAACACUUUUUUAAAUUUUUUCACAAUAACGUCACAAUACAUAAAAACCAGUUCAAUUCCAACCUGAUUUCUUUCUCGUAUCCUAAACUUUCGUGCUAUUCUCAUGGCAACACGUUUGGGCUUUUUGAUUUCGAUUCUUCGGACUAUUUGAAGGGAUGAGCAAACAAUGAAAGCGCUCGAAAAAUAACCGAUAUCAGAGUAUAUUAUUUUAGGGCGUUUUUAUUUCCUCGUUUGAUAUUCGAUAGCCAUGAUUUCGAGAUUAUUCUGACGUUGAUUUUGAUUGAAGAGUUUCUUGAACGUGCUUUCAGAACGUUUAAACGUGUGGUUUUGUUGCUUUGUUGACAUAGGCGAGUGGACAACGUGACAGAGGGUUUUAAGGUUACUGUAAUGGGCUUAGGGGGCUGACAGGGUAGGAUUGGAGUAUAGAGGCAUAGGUGUGACAGGGUAGGGUAUGGGAAUUUGAAUUGUUUAAAAAUUACAGUUUACUAAAAAUUAUAACCUUUAAAUUUCAAAUACAAAAACUUAUUUUUAAAUUUCCAGCAAAUCCGGCUGGCUCGAAUGAAAGCCGUUUCCCGGCUGAUCCACCCGAGCCAGUCCAGCGUCAGAUCAGUCUACCGGUCAAUCGUUCGCCUGUCCAUCAAAGCUCACAAUCUCGAUCGUUGGAGGACAAUAUUUACCGCACAGUCGCGGAUCAAAAGUUUGGUCAGUCUAAUUUGGAAAGACAGAAACCCGUAUAUUUUGGUCAAGAAGGACUGGGAAGAUCUGGAUUUGCUUACGAUACCGAUAGUUUACCAGAAGAUUUGGUUGAUAAGUCGAGUUCAGAAGGUAGUGGUAGUCAGUUAGGCAGUCCAGGUACGUGAAAUUAAUAAAAAUAGGUUUGAAGUUGUAAAAAAUAUAGAUAUUGUUAGUCACAACAAUUUUUUACCUAAAAUUGAAAAAUGAAAAAAUAUAAAAAUUUUCUUAAUAAUAUCAAAAACCUAAACAUUUUAUUUAAUUCAAGUUGAGUAUUUUUAGUAGCUCCGGAACCCCCUACUCAACCUCAAACCAAUUUUUUCAACGAUACUGCAAACCUACCAAAAACAUCUCAACAAAGUCAUUCAAACCCAGACACUCCAGCAAUAUCAUAUCGGCCGGUUGAGCCACAACCACGUCAAUCAGCUUCGUCGUCGCGGAAUUCAUCGACGAAGAUGAAUCGUUCAUCGACGUACGGCAUGACUGGUGCUGAUUUCAUGGAACGGCGAGGGUGGAAUGAACGUGAUGCUUAUGGAAAUCCUCUGAAUACUAGCAAAGGCGGUAGGAAUGUGCUACGGUAUAUUCCACACAAUGCUAGUGGGUACUCGGAGGAGAAAGAAGGGUGGGUUUUUUGAAGGAAUAGGGGCAGAUUAAAAAAAAUGAAAAAAAAUAGAAUUUUGGCAAAUAUUUGUUUUAGAGGAGCUUACUUUGAUUUUAGCUGUGAGAGGAGGCGCUAAAAUUUUGGGAUAAAGAUUGACAUAAAAGGUAAUAAAAUGGUUAUAUUUAUUUAGGAACAUGAAUUACAUUGUGCCGUUAAUUGUACUGGUUGUUUUACUGAUCAUCAUUGUGGUAUCAUUGAUUAUAUUGUUUGCUACGGGUAGUAAGUUAACCUUAUUGUCGUAUUUUGUAAAAAUUUUAAGAAGAAUAGAGGUUUAGAGGUUAAAAAAUAUUUAUUUUUAUUUUUAAGUGACCGUGUUUCAUACUUGAUCCUACUUUAACUAGGCCUACUGUUGCAAAAAAUUAGCUCUCGCAUUAUCUAAUAUUGAGGAAAAAUAAAGACUGUAACCGCAUUACGCAACUUUUUCUUAUGUAAUAUUGUUUAUUUUGAUAAUAUAUGCCUCGAUGUAAAACGACCCAAUAAAUUACUGCGAGUGCUGGGAUUUGGUUUCAUUUUACUUCGAGGUGUUAAUAUUUAUCUGCUAGCAAUAUUUUUGAAUUGUGCGUCUAUUUAGUUUCAGCCAAAGCUUAUUAAGAUUAAGCCUAAGCGAUUUUAAACAGUGUCUUUGAUUUUUUAGUCCAUCCACAGUUUUCGAAAUGUAUUCAGGUUUUAAAAUUUUUAACUUACAGUAUUUCAAUUAAAGUCGUCACAAGUCCAACCAACUCCGCCAGACCAAGAUCAUCGCGACACUGACCCAUUACCUCCGAAAGUACAGCUGGUUAACCGAACGUUCGAAUGUGAAUUCUAUAUAUUGGAUCAAGCAAAUGCGGCUUACAAUGAUCCGAUGAGUGUGGAAUAUGAACAGGCUUCUACUAUCGUCAGGAAUGCGGUAAACUUAUAUUUUUUGGGGGUUUUUAGGGUAUUAUAAGGUAGAAUGGGAUAGAGUAGAAUAGGGUAGGAUUGGAUGUUUUAUGUUAGGGCAGGAUUUUGUAUUUGUUUUUUUUAAAGAAAAGCUUUUUGGGAUAUUCUUAUGUUGUUUUAGUUGAACAUGCUGAUUGCACAGUCGACUGUACGUGAUUUAACGCCCAGUUUACAGAUGGAACGACUGAAUAAUGUGUAAGUCUCUUCUUUAUAAUGUUUAUUUUAUAAGUCGGACCAGAAUUUUUUGUGUUAUAUGUAUUAACCUUUGGAAACAGUUUAUAGGCAUAUUAAAAUUUGAAUUUAAAAAAUUAAGACUAAUAAUUUCAAGAAGAUUGAAAUUUUCUUAUUGACAACAACAAGAAAUAUGCUUUUUUUGUGUUGUUUAUUGCAAGUUUUAUUCAUUUUCAAACUGAUUUUUAGUGGAAACGACCUUCGUGUACCAUUCCGGCUAACUUUGAUGGUGUACUCAAACAGUCAGUUGAGCGCUGAAUCUAUAAAGAAUGUCAUAUUGAGCGAAUUAACGUUGUUGGAAGCACAACUGAACUACACAUUUGUAGAUCGGACAAGAGUUUCUGUACGAACUGUGGAUUAUCAACAUUAA